AUGCCCUCUCUCACAGUAGCAGUCGCCCAAUCCUGCACCCAAACCUCCCUAUCCGAAACCCUGCGCGCCCUCGAGCGAACAAGCACCCUCGCCGCCCGCCGCGGCGUCCACCUCCUCCUCUUCCCUGAAGCCUAUCUAGGCGGAUACCCGCGGACAUAUUCGUUCGGGUCUGCGGUGGGAAGUCGACACCCGCGCGGCCGGGACCAAUUCCUCGUGUAUUUCAAGGCCGCUGUUGAUCUAGGCGAUACACCGACUGGGGCCGGGGCUGACUGGAUUGCUCGCAGGCUGGAGAUUGCAGAGGGUAAGAGGUUCCGCGGGGAUAGGACGAGGGAGUUUCUGGAGCGUGUUGCGAGGGAGACGGGAGUUUUCGUCGUUACUGGAUUGGUGGAGAGAGCGGGAGGGAGUUUGUAUUGUGCUGUUGUUUAUGUUGAUCCUGUUAGAGGUAUUCUGGGGAAGAGGAGGAAGGUUAUGCCGACGGCUGCUGAACGCAUGAUUUGGGCUCAGGGCUCGCCCUCGACUCUCCGCGCUGUCACAACAACCCUAAACGGUAUCCCACUAACCAUAGCCUCUGCAAUCUGCUGGGAGAGCUACAUGCCCCUCCUGCGUCAGAGUCUAUAUUCCCAGAACGUGAAUAUCUAUCUCGCUCCCACAGCCGACGCCCGCAGUACCUGGCUCCCGCUCAUGCGCACCAUCGGCAUAGAAGGCCGCUGCUUCGUGCUCUCGGCGAACCAGUGCGUGCGUAGCUCCGAGCUGCCGGAGUGGAUUACCGGUGCAAGCCAGGAUGGAAUUCCAGAAUCUAGUUCGGGUAAAUCGCACGAUCCAGAGAUGAAAAUGUCCGUCGCUGCUGAGGGUCCGCAUGAGAUUGUCUGGCCGCAGACUCACGGCGAGGCCCAGGAUCAGGCCCAGAGUCGGUCGGAGGGUCCCGCGACGAAUACUAAGCAGUCAUCCCUGGAUCCGUCAGACUCGGUCUUGGAUUAUGUCUGUCGGGGUGGAAGUUGUAUUGUUUCGCCGCUUGGAGACGUUCUUGCCGGUCCGCUGUGGGAAGUCUGCACGGAUGACGUGCCGGAUAGUAGCGAUGCUGCGGUGACGGAUUCCGCGCCUGGCACGUCCGCUACGGAGUCUAGUCCUGCUGUGGCGGCGGGUGAUGGUUUAGCUAUCGCAUGCAUUGACUUGGAUGAUUGCGAGCGUGGACGGCUCGAUCUCGAUGUUGCUGGGAGUUAUUCACGGAGUGAUGCGUUUAAAUUCGAGGUUAAGGGGUUGGAUCUGGCGCCGCCGCCGUUGUAG